UUUUCCUGGGUGGAAAAAUGCAAGGUAUUCAGAGCGUUUCUUCUUCCUCGAUUCACUAAAAUGUGCUAAGGAGAGAGGAGGAGAGACAGACGAGGUGUGAUACCGACUGGACUUAAGAGGAACCAUGGAUUUGGAUGUUAAAAACCUUUUUCAGAUUCUUUUCUGGCUUUGCUUUGAGCAUUUGCUGCAGGAUGUCACCGCAGGCUCAAGUCAAACUUCUCAAAAAGCUGCGUUGUCUGUCCGUAACGCAAACCUGAUGUUCGAGUUUCUGCUGGGUGGGGUGCAGAUGGACCAGGACAACAACAUCGUCCUCCUCGAUGGAGAGAUGGCGUCGAUGAGGCAGGGACGUGCGUUUCUGUCCCAGAUCAACGACAACAUUCCCAGAAGUCUGAACUCUAUGAUCCAGAUGGCGAGCGAGCUGGAAGAUGAGAAGAAGAAGAGGCCACUGACGGAGGCUCAGUUUGAGAAUCUUGUCCUCAGUUUGGUCUAUUCUGCCCAUCAGGCUUUGCAUCAGAAAAAGAGAGCGGAAAGGGAGGCCUGGGGUGAAGUGCUCUUCCAGCUGGCAAACAUCACCGUCCAUGAAAUUCGAGGAAGUUAUCUCUUUAACUAUGCUUGA